AUGGUUGGCAACUUUGGUAAUGUUGAUGAAACAAAAAACAACAUUAAGGUGGUCGUAAGGUGCAGAAACUUAGUAGAUGGAGAGAGUUCAGAAUCAAUUGUUGUAAACAUGAAUCAACAAAUGGUAUUUGAUUCCGUAGCUUAUCCAAUGUUGGAAGAUGUGCUGAAAGGGUUUAAUUGUACAUUGUUUGCAUAUGUAAAAGUAUCUUAUGUUGAGUUAUAUAAUGAAGAAUUGAAGGAUCUGUUAUCUGAUAAUGAUCGAGAUAAAUUGAUAGUUUCCAUGAAGGGUUUGAAGAAUCAUAAAGAGAUGGAUAUAAACAAUGCCAGUGAGGGCAUUGAUAUUUCAAAGCAAGGGGUGAUUAGAAGGAAAACUGCAGAAACCAACUAUAAUAAAAAGUCAAGUCGUUCCCACUCAAUAUUUACAGUAACAGUUGAAAUGUCAUUGAAUGAUGAAAAAUUGACAAAAGUUGAAAAAUUGAAUUUUGUCGACUUGGCAGGAUCAGAAUGUGUUGCUCUCACAGGUACCAAUGACACACGCUCAAAAGAAACCGGAAACAUCAAUACUAGCUUGUUAACACUUGGUCGAUGCAUUAAUUUACUUGGUGAAAAUUCUGGACAUGGGCAUGUUCCUUAUACGGAUAGCAAAUUGACCCAAUUAUUAAAAGAUUCAUUUGGUGGAAACACCAAAACAACAAUGAUUGCAACUAUAUCACCGGUGGAAGCAAACUUAUCAACAUUAAAUUAUGCAAGUCAAGCCAAAAAUAUCAUUAAUAAGCCAGUCAUAAACAGGAAGGAAGGACCUUGUAAUUUACAAAAUGAAAUAUUUAAAGAAGAAAAUACAAAAAUCAAAGAUUUGCAUGAUCUAAAUCAGAAUUUGAAUUUAGAUGAAAAAGAUGGAUCAGUGCGAAAAGCAAUGGCGGAAUUACAAAAAUCAGUUAAUGAUGACCCUGAAGAUGAUAUUGAAGAGACAGCAAAUAUGAUUAGCAUAGGGCUCAAUCUUAUUUUGGCACAUAAAGAGGUUAAAGAAAAGAUGCUGGAAGAAAUUAAUCAAGUAUUUGCUGAUAACUCAAAACGUCCAAUGACACAUGAAGAUUAUGAGAAAAUGGAAUAUUCUCAAGCCGUUGUGAAAGAAUUUUUAAGGUAUCACACUAUAGCACCAGCAUUGAUUCGCCAGACAACAUCAGAAAAUGCAGAAAUUAGUGGCUAUAAUUGGCCAGCUGGUACAUGCGCUUUUAUAGAUGUUAAUGGAUUGCAGAAAAACCCUGAUUGUUGGGAAGAUGCCGAUCAAUUCAAACCAGAACGGUUUCUAGAAUGUGAGGUAGACAAAAUAGGCAAAUAUACUUAUACACCUUUUGGUGGUGGUGUACGCAUCUGUCCUGGUCGUCUCAUGGCAAGGAUUACAAUAGCUUCAGUUCUUAUUAAUUUAUUGAGAAAUUAUGAUAUUGAAUAUUAUGAGAAAGAAAAUCAACUCAAAUUUAUUGAUAGUUUCAUAAAUGUUGUAACUGAUUUUAAAGUUAUUCUUAAACCCAAAAAUUAA